UAUGCUACUAGAUCAAAUAAUAAUAUUUUCUGGUAUCGGAAUGAGAUUAUCAUCGAAAUUCGAGAAAUAAAUGAAAAUAAUAAUUAUUACAACGAAGAGCGAAGAGCGAGUAUUUGAAAUCCCAGCGUAUCGCUGUGCGUCUGGGCCUAAAAGCGCACCAAAAAGCUCUGAAGUGCUCUUCUUGCUCGGUUUCCGUUACAAUUUUCAAGUCCACGGAUUCUGAGAGAGAUUGACCGCAAAUUUUCUCUCUCUAGAUGCUCAUCUUCUCUCUCUAAAUUAUGUAGCUUCUUCUGCUCGUUUUCACUGCCUCCGGUUUUGGUUUCUCAACGGCGUUGCUAUCCGAUUCUCUCCGUACAAGAAAGCCUUGUACGGAGGCGACGUGCAUUACGACGACGGCGACGGAAUCGGACUCCGGAGAAACACUGCUCAGGUAGAUAUAUUUUCAGGCCAGAGAGUGAUCUUGCUUGAGCACCUUUCUUGCAAACCUCUGCGCGGGUGACCAUAACAUUUUAAAGACAUGGAUGGAAAUACAUCUGGGGUAAACGGAAAUAAUGUUGACUGGGAUACUGAAGAUGAGCUUGACGAGAUUGAAAAUUUCACUUUAUCUUCUUCUUCAGCUAAUCUGGGCUCUGGGGAGGGGAGCUCAUCUCCACGACCUUCCAAUACCAAAGUUUUUGGUCAUUUUGUCAGCAUGGGAUUUUCUCAAAAAAUGGUUGCCAAGGCUAUUCAGGAACAUGGUGAGGAAGAUGCCGAUUCAAUUCUGGAAAGCCUUCUCUUAUAUAGUGCUCUUGAAAAUUCAACUCCAGAGCAGGAUUCCCCACCUGAGCAGAGUUCUCCCCCAGAACAGUGCUUUCCUCCACAACAGCAACAAAUCGAUUCUGAUCCCUUUUCUUCAGAUUAUGAGGGGAGCUUUCUGGAUGGAUUUUCAGAUCUUGAUAGCUCUGAUAAUGAGGAAAUUAGCAUUCCUACAUCUGAGGAGGAGAAAAAACUUGUGGCCUUGGUCAAAAUGGGGUACCCAGAAUUGGAGGCUUCAAUCGCAAUAGAAAGAUGUGGUGUCAACUCAUCCCUUGUUGAUUUGACUGAUUUCAUAUCAGCUGCUCAGUUUUCAAGGGCAGAAGAUGCCCAUUUUCCCCUUGAAGAGAAGCCUAGACGUCUUCACAUUGAUGACAAGAAGAAAAGGAAACUCUGUGAAUAUGCCAUGUCGAAAAGAAAGAAGAAGGUGGGGCUUGGAAAUGGGAUCAUUGAGGAAGAUGAUGAGGCACUUCAUCUCCCAAAUCCAAUGAUUGGAUUCGGAACUCCAACACAUCUUUGUCAAAUCCACAGGAGUAUUCCAGAGGCAGCCACAGGAGCUCCUUAUUUCUACUAUGAAAAUGUGGCAUUGACUCCUAAAGGGGUUUGGAACACAAUAUCCCGAUUUCUCUAUGAUAUCCAGCCUGAAUUUGUUGAUUCCAAGUACUUCUGUGCGGCUGCUAGGAAAAGAGGUUAUGUUCAUAAUCUCCCAAUAGAGAACAGGUUUCCUCUCAUUCCCCUUCCACCGCAGACUAUUUUUGAUGCAUUUCCCAUGACAAGGAGAUGGUGGCCUAGUUGGGACGAGCGCAAACAGCUGAAUUGCCUACAGACUUGCAUUGCUAGUGCAAAGUUGACUGAGAGGAUCAGGCUGGCUCUUAAGGAUUAUGAUGAAGAUGAGAUUCCACCAGAAAGAGUCCGACGGUAUGUUCUAUAUGAAUGCCGCAAGUGGAAUCUUGUGUGGGUAGGAAAGAACAAGGUUGCCCCAUUGGAGCCUGAUGAGGUGGAAACACUUUUGGGGUUUCCGAGGAACCAUACAAGGGGAAUAAGUAGGACUGAUAGAUACAAGUCACUCGGGAAUUCAUUCCAGAUUGAUACAGUAGCCUAUCAUCUCUCUGUGUUGAAAGAUCGGUUCCCCAAUGGCAUCAAUCUCCUCUCUCUUUUCUCUGGAAUUGGCGGUGCAGAGAUAGCCCUCCAUCGGCUUGGAAUUCGAAUGAAGAAUGUUGUGUCUGUUGAGAUUUCAGCGGUGAGCAGAACUGUUGUGAGGACUUGGUGGGAGCAAACCAACCAAAAGGGAAACUUGUAUCACCUUGCUGAUGUGCAGGAGUUGAAUGCUGACCGGUUGGAGCAUUACAUCAAUACCUUUGGUGGGUUUGAUCUCGUGGUUGGUGGGAGCCCGUGCAACAAUCUUGCCGGUAGCAACAGACAUCAUAGGGAUGGGCUUGAGGGAAAAGAAUCUUCUCUAUUUUAUGAUUAUUUCCGUAUAUUAGACUUAGUGAAGGGUCUUAUGGCAAGACAUAGCUGACCAAUGUAUCACUUGAGAUCCAGAUACUUGAUACUCUAGUUUGCUCCUGCUCCUAAUUUUAGAUGAAUGAACAUUCGAUGCCUUUGAUAUUUAA